AUGGAGGCGAGCGAGCCUGAGCGAUCUCUGGAGGGACGCCAAGCUUUUUCCAGUAGCAGCCGCCUCCCAGCCAUGCCGACCCCAUCAGACUCCCACAUACCCGACGUGCCCGAGGAUAGGGUUUGCCUUCGAAACGUUGGUGUUGCGCUGGAGUUGCAAUCCGGUACAACGUUCAUCGGCAUCCUGACGCAGUGGCUGACCCGCGAGAGGUACGACGAGAGGGAAGACGUCGUAUCGGAACGCAUCGAUACGGGCGCCCUUCUCGAGGCGCUCCAGGAAGCGUUUUUGGACGAUACGAGAAUAAGAGCGCCGAGUCACGCCCGCUCAGCCACCGUAUGCCUUGACUCCUUAAGGCUCGAAGUGGAAAUCGGCCGCUAUAGCGGCAACCAGAGAUGGCUAGACGCGAGCACUGCGCCCCUCCUUCGCCGGGCUCUCAACAGCGCCUGCGAAGAGGGGCUGGAGAAAGACCCUCACUAUGGGGAUCAUAUCUUGCUGUGCCGCUACGUCACGCAACCAACUGACACUACCCCCAGCAUACGGUCCGACACCGAACCGGGGGAGGGGGCGCCAUUUAGCCCUGCCAGGUCGGCCGCCCACGACAAGAGAACCGAAGAACGCGAAAGGGACAACGACGUCAUUUCGAUCUCGUCCAACGCUCACACGGAGCCGGACGAUGGGGCGCUAUCUGACCCUGGUGGACCGACCACUGCAUAUGAUGAACAUGAGGCCAACGACGGCCCCGACGCGCUGGGCUCUAUAACGCUUGGCGGGACCGAAGAAGAAUGGACGGAGGCCUGCCGCUUCUUCCGUCACGACCCAGCGUGUAGGGAGAUGGAUAGCGGGAAGAAGCUGUUCGGCACCAAGAUGGCGCUACGCCCCGGCCAGCUGCGGGAUGUUUGGCACUUCCUGGAUGCCACGUACGGCACGGGCCGAACUGGCUAUAUCAGUGCCCUAGACACGGGGCUCGGCAAGACGAUGGUGGCUCUAGGUACCGUCGCCGUCUUGCGAACGGUGGAUCUGAUGAGACUGGUCUGUCGGGGCGACCCGGACACGUGCGAGGUGGCCGAAGGCUUCGGAUACAACGACUGCAUCUGCCGAUCCGGCUCGCUUAUGUCCAAGAUCCACCAGGAGCUGAUUCCGGGUAUCACGGUCUUCCUCACGCCGAACAGCACAGUCCAGGGAGCCCAAAAUAGCGCCGACGUGUUUCUGGAGCGGGUUGUCACUCUGCCAGAUGAAACCAAGUGGGAGUUCGUCGAAGUCAUCCGGUCAGAGGCCAACAAGGAGACAAAAGAGAAGUUGUUCGCUCAUGAUGUCGUCGACGGCGGGUAACAAGAUCAAACGUGCCAAGAAAUCGUCGGGCGCGGGGAAAGGGAUGCCAGCAAAGAAAAUGAGCGGUUUUGAC